GGCAACCACAGAACAGCUCCGGAUGGCUCACAUGAUAGACCGUAAAAGCGAAGACGCUUCCGACGUCCGCAGAAUGGUCCUUGAGUUGAUGGAGAUGACGUGUCGCACGGAGGAAGAGGUGUGUUCGGCGCUGCACGACUCCGACAACGACAUGGUGGCCGCCUGCAACCUGCUGCUCGAGGAGAGCCCCAGGAUACAGGGCGAGUGGCAGACCAGCGAGAAAAAGAAAAAGAAACCACCCGCUGCCGGCAACGGGGAGCUCGAGACACGCGCGCGCGCGCCCAACAACAGACCUCGUCGCGGCGAAGGCGAAGGCGGUCGNAGAGAGUUGGCUAAGCUAAAGAAAUAG